UGUUCUGUGGGUGAAGAAUCACACAGAGACUUCGAAGUCAUUGUCACAGAUGACUCCACAACAACAUCUCCCAGUUCCAGCUCCAGUUUCACACGUUCAUCAGCUUCACCUGAAACCACCGACCAGUCUGAGGACCAGACACCUGAGACCACAGGAGCUGAUACGUCCUUCUCGACCAAGAACUUGAUUCUGACUGCUGGUCGUCAUGGUCGUCCUGUUAUCAGGGGCCGCACUGAGGUUCUGCAGAAACAGGACUAACAGACCCAGAGAUGACGUCAGCGCAGGGAUCACCUACUACACAGCUAAUGAAGGAGGAACCCUCACCGUCAAAUAUUCCUUCCGUUCAUCUGGAAGCAGGAAGUUAUGUCGGGGACGAUGUGAAGCAGGAGAUGUUCUCAUUGAAACAGAAGGAAAUGAAGCGAGUAACGGCCGAUACAGCAUCGAAUAUACGAAACGAUCUUACACUAAAGGAGUUCUGACAGUGACCUUCACACAGGUCAGCAAGUCUGACUCUGGAAGGUACCACUUUGGCCUCGGCAGUGAUAAUUCUUUGUAUCGGGAGUUUGGGAUCAUCGUCAUUGAUGCUCGGCUGGAUGGAAGCUCUGGAGUAAAACAGCUGUAUAAGAGAAGUGGAGGAGACGUCACUGUUCGAUGUGUCUUCACUAACCCCAAAGGAAGUAAAUACUUCUGCAGAGAAGAAUGUGGAGAGACAAAGAACGUUCUCGUCAAAACAAGUGGUGGCGAAGAACGAAGCGGCAGAUACAGCAUCAAGUAUUUACCACAACAUAAAGGAGAAGGAGGAUAUCUCUAUGUGACCAUCACACAGCUCAUCAGCUCCGACUCAGGAAGCUACAGAUGUUCUGUGGGUGAAGAAUCACACAUAGACUUCAAAGUCAACGUCACAGAUGACUCCACAACAACAUCUCCCAGUUCCAGCUCCAGUUUCAAACGUUCAUCAGCUUCACCUGAAACCACCGACCAGUCUGAGGACCAGACACCUGAGACCACAGGAGCUGAUACGUCCUUCUCGACCAAGAACUUGAUUCUGACUGUGAGACUGACGCUGGUCGUCAUGGUGAUCCUGUUAUCAGGGGCCGCAAUGAUGUUCUGCAGAAACAGGACGAACAGACCCAGAGAACCUCCGGUGGAGACGGAUCCUGCUUCUGUCCCUGAGUCCGACCCCGUGUACGAGGAUUUCAGAGACGAGGACCGACCUCCUGCUGCUGUGGAAAUCUCUCCAGAUUAUUCUUACGUCAAGUACAGCACAACACAACCAGUCACAGCCGGUGAUGACGACAACUUUGUCACUGCUGCUACUUCUCAGCACAAUGCUGACGACAGCUCAGGUUGACUCUCCUGCGAUCGGGGGGGAUUAUACCAACAGGGCCACAGGCUCUGC